AUGUAUUCGUCUAUCUUCUUCAGCCCAAUUUACACCCUUUCACUAGAGUGAGAUUAUCUUCCUUUUUCUUCCUCAGUUUUCUUCUUUCUCUCUUUCAUAAACCAGCUAUUUUCUCUCUCCUCGGGGUUUAGGUCUUCCAUUGUUGCACAACGCCAAAGCAGCUCCACAGUUAUCUCUCAUUGAAGAUUUCCUCUUCAGGUCAUUUGUCUACAAUCAUGUCGUGGUGCACAAUCGAGUCUGAUCCUGGUGUAUUUACGGAACUUAUACAGCAAAUGCAAGUGAAGGGUGUUCAGGUUGAAGAACUGUAUUCCCUAGAUCUGGAGACUCUGGACAGUCUGCGGCCUGUAUAUGGGUUGAUAUUCCUGUUUAAGUGGCGUCCUGGGGAAAAAGAUGACCGUGCUGUCAUCAAGGAGCCAAAUCCCAACUUGUUUUUUGCUAGCCAGGUUAUUAACAAUGCAUGUGCGACGCAAGCAAUUUUAUCUAUUCUUCUAAAUUCUCCGGACGUUGAUGUUGGCCCAGAGCUGUCAAAUCUGAAAGAGUUUACCAAGAAUUUUCCAUCCGAACUUAAAGGUCUGGCUAUUAACAACAGUGAAGCCAUUCGCACAGCACAUAAUAGUUUUGCUAGACCUGAGCCCUUUGUCCCCGAAGAGCAGAAAACUGCUACCAAGGACGAUGAUGUCUACCAUUUUAUAAGCUAUUUACCCUAUGAAGGAGUCUUGUACGAGCUAGAUGGGCUGAAGGAGGGGCCCAUUAGCCUUGGCCCUUGCACUGGGGGACAAAAUGACUCGGACUGGCUGCAAAAGGUUCAGCCUGUCAUCCAAGAGCGCAUUGAGAAGUACUCAAAGAACGAGAUAAGGUUUAAUCUUUUGGCCGUCAUCAAAAACAGGAAAGAGCUGUAUACUGUGGAGCUUAAGGAGUGUCAGAGGAAACGAGAGCGCAUUUUACAACAACUCUCUGCUGCACAGACAGGGACUGCAGAGGUACUAGAAAACACCAAACUUGAAGAACUUAACCGGCAACUCGCUGAAGUAAAUGUUGGUAUUGAAGCUGCUACAGAGAAGAUUGUAAUGGAGGAGGAGAAGUUCAAGAAGUGGAGAACAGAAAACAUUCGCAGGAAGCAUAAUUAUAUUCCAUUUUUGUUCAAUUUCCUUAAGAUUCUUGCGGAGAAGAAGCAGUUGAAGCCUCUCAUAGAGAAGGCGCAGCAGAAGAAAGUAAGCAACUCCACUUGAUUCUAUGAGAUCAGGGAAAGGCUGGGUUGGUCUGUUUUAUUUGUGAAUUAACUGUCAAUUGGAGAAUGCCUCACAACAUUACUCAUGUACUCCCGAUGAUAGAUGCUCUAUUUUGUUGUUUAAUUAGUGAAUUCAGGCUCUGCAAUUUAUUGUAUCGAGUAAGGCAUGUUUAAACUUUUUCAGUUGCUCUUCUCUUAUGCUUGGCUUUCUCAAGGCCUUUGGAUGAGUCUGAUCAAAUUGCGUUCCAAUGUGUGCUCGUUGAA